AUGUCUCCUCCUUCAAACGAAUCAACAUCUUCUUCUCCGUCUAUGAAGAAUGAGAAAGAUGGUUCAACGACCCAGAAAGAAACUUCAUAUAAUCAAUCCAAUUUCACUCGACAAACGAAUGCCAUAAAGGAUUUAUUUAGUAUACCGAGACCGAUUAAGAAAUUAUUCGAUAAAGUACCUGUUCUCACAUAUCCACCAAACGAAUUACCACAAAGAAGUACUGGGGCAAAAGGCAGUAGAGGUGAUAAAUAUGCUAGGUUACCUAGUUUAUAUAUCUUUUGUAGAGAGGGUGAUGAGGGGGUGGAUGGGGAUAGACCGAGUUUUAAUCCGGGGUGUUUAAAAUGGCAGACAUUCCUAAAACUCGCAGGAGUAGAUCAUAAAAUCGUCUCCUCGAAUAAUCACGCUUCACCUACUGGCGUUCUACCUUUCCUCUUACCAGGCAUCAAAUCCAAUGGGUCACAAGAUAAAGAUGAUUAUUUACCAAUAUCAAGUAAUGGAUUGGUGAAAUAUGCAAGGGAACAAGGGAAGAAACUCCACGAACCAAAGAGUAGGAAACUGGAAGCUUAUCAAGCUUUAGUCGAUCAUAACAUACGAAAUGCCUGGCUCCACACCCUCUAUCUAACCCCUUCAAAUUUCACCACCAUCGCCACAACCCUCUACAUAAAUACAACUUCUUCCUCCCCGCUAGUCCGUCUCUAUACAUCCCACCAACUGCGUUCUGCAGCCGAAUCAGAGUUGCGGAAGAGUGCGCAAGUCCUGGAUGUGGAUAUGAUCUAUAGGGAGGCGGAGAGAGCGUGGGAGGCUUUGAGUCAAUUGCUGGGGGAGGAGAAGUGGUUUGGGGGGGAGGGACCUGUGAUUUUUGAUGCGGGUGUUUUUGCGUAUACGUGGUUGGUGGGGGAUGAGGGGUUGGGGUGGGGGGAGGGGGAUAUGAGGUUAGGGGAGGGAAUGGGGAGGUGGGGGAAUUUGGUGAGGCAUAGGGAGAGGGUUUUUAGGAAGUGUUGGGGUGAGGGAGAGGAAGAGGGGGUGUUGGCUUGA